ACAAGCAGAGGCUGCAGAGUGGGGUUUUAGCUCGCCUAAGCUCCCGAAUGGGGAUGGAUCCUUGGCAUUUUCGGGCGCCCGGGGCAAGCAAUUCAGCAAUUCCAAGCUUCGGAAGCAAUCCUCAAAUCAGACCACUCACCACUCGCAAAUCCCUCUUUUUCUAAACAACCUUUCACAAUUAACAAAACGUCACCGAUCUCGACCUCAACCCACCAACACCACCAACACCCCUUGACCUCCAAUUGCCGACGCCAUGUUUUUGCAACGCUCCGCCGUAGCCGUGGCACGCCGCGCCGUUGUGUCUCCCGUUGCCAGACGAAGUUUUGCAGUCUCGGCCAUCCGCCGAGAUGCGAAGACAGGAGAGGCGAAGAAUGUCGAGCUUCGUACUAGCACCGGUCAGAAGAUAAAGACUUUCCACGAAAUCCAGUCAGAGGAUGACCUAAUCGGACCCGGUGCCGCCCCCGGUACCGUCCCUACCGAUCUCGAGCAGGCCACAGGUCUGGAGCGAUUGGAAAUUCUUGGAAAGAUGGAGGGCGUGGAUAUCUUCGACAUGCGACCUCUCGAUGCCUCGCGAAAAGGAACCCUAGACAACCCUAUCCCAGUCAGGUCUGCCGGUGACGAGCAGUACGCUGGCUGCACUGGCUAUCCCGCCGACUCCCACAUUGUCACCUGGCUCGGCAUGUCCCGUCAGCGACCCAUCGAGCGAUGCCCUGAGUGCGGCAGUGUCUACAAGAUGGAAUAUGUCGGACCUCAGGAUGACGGCCACGGACACGGACACGAUCACCACGGCUACGAGGAGCCUAAGACCUUCGCUGACUACGUCAAGCCUAACUACUGGUGAUCGUGUUACAGGUGAUGGUGGUUUAUGACGCAAAAGUCGGGACGGAGUUAUGGCUGCAUAGGAGAAGGUGGCGGCUGUAGAAUUGUAUAUUGCCGAGGGCUGUAUAGAAAUCGAUUAACUUUGCAGCAACUACAUGGGUCAUGCAUAUGUUGUGAUUCU